UCUUCCCACGUCGCCAGAAUCCCACUUUUCUCUUGGGAUCUCAGUGCGCUUCGUUCUCCAGGUAGGCUCGAUUUUGACGUCAGAGGCAGGCUGUCGUAGUUUGACGUGUAAACACAGAAUCCCAUCCCAUCUCACUAUAGCAUGCAGUUUUUGCAUUAUUAUUUAUUUAAUUUUUCAAUAAGGCAACACCGUGACUCGACUGAGAUCUACUUAAAGUCGAAAGGAGAAGCUUUUUUUUAAUUUGACCGCUUUUUUCUCUCAGUCUUUUUUUUUUUGUAAAUAUACAAAUCUAUAUUUUUUACAAUGGAUACGAGAUGCUGUAUGUUUCUCUCCGCUGUUUGCGUGCUUUUAUGCACUCCGGACAUUUCUGCUGAUGAAAAACAAUACGUCAACGAAUGGGCAGUAGAAAUCCCAGGAGGAGUCGAUGCCGCCAAAGCAAUAGCCGAAGACCUGGGUUACGAAUUAGUGAGACAGAUUGGAGCACUUGAAAAUCAUUAUUUAUUUAAACAUCCAAGUCAUCCAAGAAGAUCGAAACGAAGCCUAGAUCACAUUACCAAGAGGCUUUCAGAAGAUGGAAGGGUGUCUUGGGCAGAACAGCAAUAUGAGAAGAGAAGGACAAAACGAGCUCCACUCCAAAGCUGCAAUGACUGCACCACAGAGAAACUGUUUGAUGAUCCAAUGUGGAGUCAACAAUGGUACCUGCAAGAUACAAGGACUUCACCUUCACUACCUAAACUGGAUCUCCAUGUUCUCCCUGUAUGGAAGAAAGGCAUUACAGGCAAAGGUGUGGUCAUAACAGUACUUGAUGAUGGACUAGAGUGGAAUCAUACAGACAUCUAUUCAAACUAUGAUCCUGCUGCAAGUUAUGAUUUUAAUGACAAUGAUCCAGAUCCAUUCCCAAGAUAUGACCCUACCAAUGAAAACAAGCAUGGCACUAGGUGUGCUGGUGAAAUUGCCAUGCAAGCAAACAAUAACAAAUGUGGAGUUGGAGUGGCUUAUAAUUCCAAGGUUGGAGGAAUCAGAAUGUUAGAUGGUAUUGUGACAGAUGCCAUUGAGGCGAGUUCAAUUGGGUUUAAUCCAGAACACGUCGAUAUUUACAGUGCCAGCUGGGGUCCAAAUGAUGAUGGAAAAACUGUUGAGGGACCAGGAAGACUGGCACAGAAAGCAUUUGAAUAUGGCAUACAAAAGGGCCGUGGAGGUAAAGGUUCCAUCUUUGUGUGGGCCUCAGGAAAUGGUGGUCGUCAAGGUGACAACUGUGACUGUGAUGGAUACACAGACAGCAUCUAUACCAUUUCAAUUAGCAGUGCUUCUCAGCAGGGUCUCUCCCCCUGGUAUGCAGAGAAGUGCUCAUCCACACUGGCCACGGCAUAUAGCAGCGGAGACUACAGUGACCAGAGAAUUACAAGUGCUGACCUUCAUAAUGAGUGUACUGAGACCCACACUGGAACUUCUGCUUCUGCACCAUUAGCUGCUGGCAUAUUUGCCCUGGCUCUGGAAGCAAACCCAAACAUUACUUGGAGGGACUUGCAACAUUUAGUGGUCUGGACAUCAGAAUAUGACCCACUGGCUAACAAUCCAGGCUGGAAGAAGAAUGGAGCUGGCUUGAUGGUGAACAGCAGAUUUGGGUUUGGCUUACUCAAUGCUAAAGCACUUAUUGAUUUGGUUGACCCUAAAAUAUGGAAACAUGUGCCUGAGAAGAAGCAGUGCAUUGUCAAAGAUGAUACAUUCAGUCCCAGGUCCUUGAAAGCUGAUGGUGAAAUUAUUAUUGAAAUACCUACAAAAGCCUGCGCUGGGCAGGAAAAUACCAUUGUUGCCCUAGAACAUGUACAAUUGGAGGCAAGCAUUGAAUAUACUCGCAGAGGUGACCUCCACAUCACUUUAACAUCCCCUUCAGGGACAAGUACAGUUCUUCUAGCAGAGAGAGAAAGGGACAUAUCUUCUAAUGGCUUCAAAAACUGGGAUUUCAUGUCAGUUCAUACUUGGGGGGAGAAUCCUGCAGGCACUUGGACUUUAAAAAUAAAUGAUGUUUCAGGGAGAAUGGAGAACGAAGGGCGAAUUGUAAACUGGAAGCUCAUUUUACAUGGAACAUCUGUAAAGCCUGAACAUAUGAAGAAGCCCCGAGUGUACACUCCUUACAAUGCAGUGCAGAAUGAUAGGAGAGGUGUAGAGAAAAUGGAUGACCCUGUAGAGGAUAAUAAACUCUUAGAUGAAAAAUCCAAAGAUAGUGAUUCUAGCAACACCAAGAUAGAGGAGAGGGCCCCUUCAGAAGCCUUGAUGCGCCUGUUGCAGGAUGCCUUUGCCAAACAGACUGUCCAGAGCCAGAUGCAGAAAAGUCCAUCAAACAACCCAGAGUUUCAUAUUCCCCAUCAAAAUUUCUACCAAGCUUUUGACAACUUAAACAAAUAUUCUCCAAUUAAGGACUCUGUGGAUAGUCUGUAUAGUGAUUAUAGUGAUGCAUUUUAUAAUGCCAAACCAUACAAGCACAGAGAUGAUAGACUUCUCCAAGCAUUCUUUGACAUCCUCCAAGACGACAACUGACACCUGAGAAAUACUUGUUUUAUUGUUGAAACCCAGACCCUCACGUUAGUCAGAAAUCCAUUCAGGUCUUAUUUAUUUAAUUGAAAAAUACAUGUUUAAAAGUUUAGGGUUUUUUAUUAUUAUUAUUUUACUUUAUGUUAUUUCACCUAAAGUAUAUUAAUGUGAUCCUUUGGUGUCAGCAUUCCCCAACCUGCUGUAGCUCUGUUACGUUAAAUUUGAAGCUAAAAUGCAAGAUCCUCACUUAGUCAUAUACUAUUGAAAACAACUGUGGCUUCCUCUUUUUUGCCUGCCUUAAAAAUUAAGCUGUGUUUGCUUGCUCUGUUUUAUUUUAUCGGUGAUUCUAUAUUAGUUCUUUUAAUCUUAAUGUACAUGAAAAUCUUUGAUUAACCUGCCAUAGAUAAUUACCAAUUUACCCAAUGUAAGUAGGCCUACUGGUGGCAAUAGAUAGAUAGAUAGAUAGAUAGAUAGAUAGAUAGAUAGAUAGAUAGAUAGAUAGAUAGAUAGAUAGAUAGAUAGAAUAACCAGUAUUUAAGAGACCAGUUUACCAAAAUAUAUAUUUAUCUAAAUAGAAAACUGUCAAUAAUACAGGUUUAGUUGGUCUAGCAAGUUUAUCCAACAUUUGUUUGAAAUCACUAAAAAAACUUUGACAUGUGCAAAAGAGAUGCCAUAUCUUAAAAAGAAAUAUAGGGGAAAAAAUGACCAGAAUUUAAAUAACAAAUACCAAAUAUCUUUUUCUGUAUUUUUGCUUUACUGUCAUAAAACAGUGCACAAUUUUAAAAGCAGUUAUUUUUGAAAGUGAAGAACAUCUAUUGUUUAGUGAAAGAACUACAAAGGCUGUAACUAAUUUUCAUCAAUAAAUUUCUAAUGGCUCUUCUAAUCCAUACUUUGGAGAAAAUAUAAAAUGACAUCUCCUUAGCUUUCAAACAGUUUUACUGAAGCAAGAAACAAGUUAUUUCAGUUUUUUACAAGUGUACUUCAGCACACGCUUUAUCCUGUUGUAUAGUAUAAACCUAUAAACUGCCUCAAAAUGAUUAUUCCGUAUGGUUAUGCAAGACUUAUGGAUAUACAAUUUCAUUUUGAUCCCAAUUUCAAGGCAUAUGUUUCUUUACUAUAGUUAGGUGAAUCAGGACCUUGUUAUGCUGCCUUAGAAUUUAAUUAUGUGAUAAGACCAUUCAGGGUGCUCUUAGAAUGUAAUUAUAAGACAACAAGAUUUAAUUUUUCUAUUUCAGGAACGAAGUGCAAUUAGGAGAUGGCGUCAUUCAAACUGGUAUAUAUAAUUCUUUUGGAGCUAUGCAGGUGUCCAUUCAGAAAGUUCAGAACUAAACUGUGUAGAUGUUUUCAAGAAAAUAUCUUUAUUUUGCAGCUAGGCAGCUUAAGCAUAUUUUUUAAUUGCCAUCAGUAAUGUACUGUGUGUUCUCCUACUGGUAUUUACCGUAAUCCCUGGUGUGCCAUUAGCUACUUCAUUUUUCAGUGCAUUUGGUCUAAUGGAGUAGCUAGCCCUGCUGCCAUCACCAGAAAUGGUGUAACUCUGUAUAUUUAUCUGCAUUCUAUUUUUGUGUAUGCUCUACUUGUACUAGGCACUUUGUUAAUGUUGUAUAAAUGUAUAUGAAGCAAAUCCUUUCUCAAUAUAUAUUGUCCUUCUGUGAAAGCUUUACAAGAGAUUUUAAGUGUGAACAAUGAAAACAGAUUGUUUUUUACAUAAAAAGAAAGUAUAUAUUAA